AGCAAAACAUGAACAUUGAGGUAAUCUAGUUUUUUUAUAGAUAUGCUGUAUAUCUCUGAGCAAAUCUGAACUAUAUUCAUUGAACACAACCAAAACGCCUUGAAAAUCAUCAAUCACACAAAUCGCAGAAAACAACAAUUUGUUUCUUAAGAACCAUAGCAAGCUGUUAUCCAAAAGUGUCAUGUUGAUUACUUCAAAUAAUUCAAUUGUUUUGUUUUUUUAAUUCUCUAGCCAGCCAAAACUAAACAAAACCCAAACCUAAUGACUCCCAAAAUAUUUGAUAAAUAUCACCUCAGCAACAACAUAUGUGACUGCCCGUUGUGUAAAACCAUAUCACAUUCUUCAAGGAGCUUACUUAUCUGGGCUGUGUCACUUAGUAUACACACUCCUUCCACUCUGCCUCUACCUUCGUCGUCCUCCACUUUUGGACUUCAACCUUUCUUAUUGUGAAAUUCGAAGCGACAACGGAUCCUUGGCGUCAUAGACUUCUAACUCCACGGCUCGAACAGCUAAUUCCAGACCUCUCCCCCACUCCCAAAAGAAAAAGACUUCAGUCUUUCUAACAAUGGAUGUGGGGAUGUUGGAGAUCCCUGCCGAACUGUCGGCAAGGUUUCGAAGGGCAGCAGGAUAUCGACACUCGGCAACAGUGAAAGAGGUUGCAUCUCCGCAAGUAAAGGCAACACACAACCUCACUCUGCCUCAAGAUGUAGACAGAUACCCAUUCUCUCACUACGCCAAGUCCAUUCUAAAGGACACAUGGUGCCAACCUCAGAGAACCCCGCUCCAAAGAGCUCUGACCCCUCUUGGACCAGAAGAUGCCCGCACUGCGCUGGAAAUUUAUAAACUGAUCAUGCGAUUCACAGGUGAGUCAGACCUCAGUGACUCAGAGGAGCAGUUGUUAGGAAACUACAUCAUUGAGAAAGGACAGAACCGACCUGCCUUGAGGGAUGAGAUCCUGGCCCAGUUGGUUUACCACACAUGGGGGCAGGGUAAUGAACAUCACAGCCUGCAAGGAUGGUUGCUGCUGGCUUGCUGCCUCUGUGCCUUCACUCCAUCAGCAGAACUGGAAAAACCCCUGCUAAAGUAUGUUUCUGACUACGGACCCAUGCAGUACCGUUCACUGUGCCAACACAGGCUGCUCAUAUCCAUGCAACUCCCAGCACCCACUCAUCGUAUUUUUCCCCCAACUCAGCUGGAAUGGACCGCCAACAAAAGGAAAGGCACAAUGCUUGUGGAUGUAUACGCAGUCAACGAAGAGAAACACACAGUUGAAGUGGAGUCCUGGACAACAGGAGAAAAGCUGGCCUCGUGGCUUCUCCAUGCCAGAGGUGUGAUCGAAGCAACACAGGGAUGGUCUGUGUCUCUUCUGACUGAUGAUGGGUGGUCUGAGUUGGCUGGAUCAGACUUUGUCUUGGAUCUGCUUGGUGGUGCUGAGGCAGAACUACUGCCACCAAGCACGGCCUUAUCGACCAAUUCUGAUUACCUAUUCAGUGCCCAGGAUGACGGGUUACCAGUUACAGAUCUCGAUGACUUCAUUCCGCCAGCACCUGCCGUUGAAGCUCCAGGAGUUUCUCAUUUUCACAGAACCCUUUCGGGAAGUGACUAUCCACAGGAAGGCCAUCGUCGACAGAUGGAUGCAUAUGUUGAUGACUUAUUUGACCUGGACCAAGGACAAUUGGACAUGGAUAGAGUGGCUGUGCUAAACCGCAGGAUGAGAGGUAGAGGAGGUAUUGGACCCAUGCAGCCUGGUUUAUACAGCUCUGGUAUGACUACUUUGAUGCCAGGUUAUCCCAUGGGAAUGCCAGUCAGCCCUUCAAUGCCAAACUAUGGUACAACUCCCAUGAUGCCAGCUAUGACAGCCAUGCACUCUAUGCCAGCCAUGAUGAUGCCUCCGGCUCCUGUUCCCUCAGUCACUGACCCCAUGCAAAUGGCAGCCACACAGCAAGCCCUCAUCAACCAGCAGGCUAUGUUUAUGGCGCAGCAGAUGACUAUGCAGGCAAUGACUCUGUCCCAGCAGCAGACACAAGAGCAGCAGUGGUUGAGGGAACAGGAGAGGAAGCGGGAAGAGCAGCAGAGGUUGAGGGAACAGGAGAGGAAGCAAGAAGAGCAGCAGAGACACACGCUCACAACUUCCACCCAAUCUCAACCUGCAAGGCAGCCUAAUCCUCUUUCGGUGAAGGAAGUGGAUUCACGCAAUCAAGAUCGCCCGCAGUCUUUUAAAGAUAAAAGGCAGUACUUCCACAAUAUUGGUGAGGCUACCCAGGUUUCUCCCUCUACCGGAUUCAAACAGCAACAACCUGCACCAUCAGCACAGCCGUCCCCUCCUCCUGUAGCACCUAAACCAAAGGUAAAGCGGAUCCCUGUGCCUGACAGCAAAACAGAAAGUCCAACAACAUCUCCGCCGCCCUCUGAACCAACCUCCAACUCUCCGCCGCCCUCUGAACCAACCUCCAACAUUCGGGAAAUCAUCAAAAAGUUCAACAGUCGACCUCCACCAGAACCCAAAUACUUUGAGCCUAUUAGAGCUCCUGUGAGGCAAUUUGUGAAGAAGGUAGAUCCCAAACAGGAAGCUCUUGCCAAACUCAAAAACAAAGCACCAGUGCCUGAGAAAAAGUCUUCUCCUCCGUCUACGAUGGGCCGUCGUGUCAUCUCUAAUAACAUGAGACAGAAGCAGCGCUCCCUAGAAGAUUUGUUUGGCUCACAGCGCCGUCGACAGGUUUUACCACCUCCCCCUGAUUCCCCGCCACCUUCUGUACUUGACAACAUUCCGGACCCACCGACCAUGCUUGCACCAUCUCUGAGUAUGAUGCCAGAUGACGAAAGCUGUCACUCUCAACUUUCUCAUUAUUCCCCUGGUGUUUACUUCUCUUCCUCUGUAAUGCCUGGAAAACUCUUCCUGCGCAAAGAGGUGUUUUACCCCAAAGACACGUUCAACCAACCCUACAUCCUCAAUCUUUUAUGUGAACAGAUCAUGACUGACACCUACUCUGAUAACUGUGUGAAAGUAAGCAGAGAAGAAAGAAGGAAGAUGAAAGAUCUGCUUGCGAAUCUUAAUGUAGGAACGAUGCCCAACAGUUGGGAUGACAAUAUGAAGAAAAGGAUUGUCAUUGCUGCUCGGGACAAUUGGGAAAACUACUUUUCACGCCUAUUUCAUGUUAAGUCAGACAGUGGUGACGCUCAGAUAUUGGGUGUGUGUCAUCGUGGAAUUCGUCUCCUGAGGAUGGUUGCAGCAUCCGGCAUUGAUCCGAAACACCUCCGCUUACUUCGAACCUACAGCUUUGCAGAGUUGCUGUCGGUCGAACUCUGUGGCACAAACCAAGUGCAACUGGAGCUGACAAAUGAAAACCUACAGCUGUACUCCUCCAGAGCCCCUCAAAUAAUUGCUAUGGUUCAGUUCUUCCUCAAAGAGCUCAUGAAGAAUUCUGGCCACGUGGUUGCCUUGAAGAGCUUUGUAACAGAUGACAAGAGCCUGCUCAGCUUCAGCAAAGGUGAUGUCAUCAAGUUGCUACCAAUGGAGGGACUCCAGGCAGGUUGGCGUUUUGGUACAAUGGGAGGACGCUCUGGUCUUUUCCAAGAGGAUCUAACACAACCGUCUGCUGCAUUGGACUACCAUUGUCUCCAACUGGAUCGAAGAGAUAAUCGGUGUAAAACUAUGAGAGGUGCAAGAGCUUCCAGUCAAGAAAAAGAAGCUCUGGUUCCCAUUGGCAAGCAAAUUGACACCACUGAGUCCGAGUGGAUGACGCGAGAUGUCUCAUCUCAGAGAACAGCACAGACGUCCAUCCAACGGUCACUUCACGAGUUACCAAGGCCAAACAGUGAUUCAGAGUGGCAGAGAAAUGUCUCAUCCCAGAGAUCAAUGCAGACGCCUGUCCAGGAAUCAUUUCAAGACAGAGAGAUCCAGAUGUCUGUAAUGGCUGAGUUCGCCAUGAAAUUCUUUAGAAUGAAAAAUGACGGCUCCAAAGCAAGUGUCAAGACUUUUAAUGAGGCAGUUGAAUUCACAAAGGUGCCCAUUCAAGAGUCCCUAAUUCUCUACAAUGAACCCGACACCAAUGAUUUAUCAGUCCAAUGCUUUCGCAAUGUGAUGCAGUUCAUGGGUGAUACAGCCAUGAAAAAGCGAACCACCCAAACAGACUGUCUGAGUCACAUCUUGCUGCUCGGAAAGGAAAGAGAACUGCUGAGAGAUGAAAUCUACUGUCAGGUUAUCAAGCAAACCACCAACAACCAUACUAAAUCCAGCUGCAUUCUAGGUUGGCGUCUACUAUACCUGAUUGCUGGGUUCUUCCCUUGUUCUGGUAACCUAGUGCCCUAUGUUACACGCCACCUGCAUGACAUCGAGACAGACCCUGAACACAAUUACCAAGAGCUGGCAUCUGUGUGUGAGGAUAACCUUCAGCGAUCUCUCAAAUUUGGUGGUCGCCGUAACAUCCCUUCACAUGUCGAGCUGGAAGCCAACCUGGCGGGCAAAUCCUCACAGCUCAUUUCUAUCCAACUGCCAGGCGAGGUGAAAUUCCCUGUCAAGAUACAUAGCUUCAGUAUGGCAGCAGAUGUGAUCAACAAACUCCGCAAAGAAAUGAGUAUCUCGAAUCCCUCCGAAAUGAAUGAAUUCUCCAUCUUCGCCCACCGCCAGAAAGACGGGAUUGUGCGCCCUCUCCAUUCGAGUGAGUACCUGAUGGACUUUUUGCUGGACGAUGGCUGCAUCUUCUUGUCAAUAAGAAGAGUGAUGUGGCAAAUUCCUCUGUGCUUCAACAAUGAUUUAUAUGUGGAGUUUCACUAUCAACAGCUCAAGGAUGACUACUUGAAUGGGCUUCUCCAGCUCACUCCUGCUGCAAAUGGGUCCUCAUCAGUCCAGCAGAAUGCAGAGCUGGCAGGCCUGCAGCACCUGGCUCAGGGACUGAAAAUACAGCUCUCAGUGUUGGAAAUCAAGAAAUUUUUGCCUGCUCAGGAGGGGCAGAACGUGAAUAUAGAUGGGAUCCACUCCCUCUAUUUAAACAAGAUCGACGCCAUGAAUGCUCUCAGCCCACUCGAUGCCAAAAUACAAUUUAUUGUGCUUCUGACUGAGCAACGUAUGUUUGGCUCCAACAAUUACUUGGCCCAGAAAGUCAGCCGGCGUGGAUGUCCUUCCCCUUGCAUUGUCAGUGUCAACCAUGAAGGAGUGCAAUUUCUUCAUCCUAAAACACAGGAGGAAGUGUUUAAAAUCCCUCUCACAGAUGUUCAGUCCAUGCGCACUGUGCGACCUAAAAAUGCAGGAAGACUACCAUCGAUGGAAAUAAGUUAUGGAACACCAAAUAAGUUCCAAAAAAUAACAAUUCAUCUCAAACAGGCCAAGGAGCUGUGUCACAUCCUUGCUAUGAUAAUGGAAGAGUUUAUCCGUCCCUCAGUCGCCAGCUCCAUCUCAAAUUUCCAGUAGACACAUUCCACUUUCUCUUUAAAUCUAAAGCAUACAACCAUUUAUACUCACAAUCACACCUCAGGACAAUUUCGAGUUAUCCAUCCAUUAAUCUAGCGAGAAUAUUUUUUGGAAUAUGGGAGGAAACUGGAGUACCCGGAGAAAACCCAUACCAGGCACAGGGAGAAUGUGCCAGCUGCACACAGCAAGGCCGGAGCCUGGAACCGAACUCUGGACCUCUGUUCUGUGAGCAGAUGUGCUAACCAGUCGACCACCGUGCGUAUGCAUCUCUUAAUUUUUGUUUGUUCUUUUAUUUUAAAUACAAUUCAAUUGUGUCUGUAAUAAAAUUAACCGAUUGACUUACAGGAGACAGUAAAUGUUGGUUUUGCAUUAAAAUUUGAUGACAUCAGAGCUGAACAAAUCAUCUUUUAUAUUAAUUCGCUACGCUAACAAUGUACUGUAAGAAAGGUGAAUAAGACAGUCAAUAAAAAAACAUGUUGAGAUUUUUUGUUUGAUUUUCCAUGACACAUGUAAUUUAGUUUAGUUAAGUAAUGGAAUUGAAUGUUGAUUUGCGUGUGUGUGUGGGGGGGGGGGUACGUGUGAACACUACAGCGUACAGACUCGCUACGCAUGAGAAGAGUUGAUUACAUACGGGUAUUGAAUGUUUUGCUUUUGUACUCUGUUGUACUUCUGUCAUCUUUCCUUUCUCUCAUCUCUCAUCCUUUUAUGGUGUCUGAUAGACUACAGCGUUGAUUUGUCCGGAGAAGUAUAAACCAUGGUUUUUCGAUAUGUCACAAACAAGGCAGGGAAAAGGAAGUACACUUUCCGCAUGUGCGUCGUAUUGCACGGCCGCAGAAACUGCCACGUGAAUGGAAGUGGAGCUGCAUCGGGGUUAAUAAUAAUAAUCAUUUAUAAGCGCCUUUAAAAACACUCAAGGACACUUUACAACCAAAACAAGAACAAUAAAACCACAGAUAAAAUUACAAAUAAUAAAAGGAGAGAUGAAUUUGAACUGAAUAUGCGAUUUUAAAUAGUUGAUGCCGGCAACAUCGCCGUCGCGAGGAGCACUAGUCGACCCAACCAGGCCGGGCCAACACGCCUUGGUCCGCGGAUCGCCCGCCAUUUAUGCCGUUGUCUCUGCAUGACCGGCGGGAGGACGACCAAAAGGAGGUGAUGCCCCUGGAGCCAUCGAGGUGGAAGCCCCGACGAGAUCCGUGGUGGAUGCACCUCCGGGAAGGCGGAGGAGCGCCAGGACGGUCCACAGCAGCAUAGCCCAGACACAUGCCCCGUCGACCCUCACCACGGAGGCAGAGGAGUGGAGAAGGCAUGGGGCCCCGUCCAACAGCCGAACAGGCAGGACGCCGUGUUAGCAUGACUGAGGACAACCGUGCGACGACCGACGGUCCAAAACCACAACGAAUUGCAACAGGAGAGUAGGGUUUCUCCCUUGACGAGAGCAAACCGUAGAAACGACAGUAAACCAUAAAAAAAAAAAAGAA